AUGAGUGAUGUUGAAACGGGCUCCGACGUGGAGAACUAUUACGAUGCAGAGGAAUUUGAUGACUUUAUUGACUACAGUGACGAGAAAAUUCCCAGAGAAGAGCCGCACAAAAAAGCUGAAGCAACAGCAGGCCAAUCAAUGGAUACGCCAAUUGAAUUAGACAACGAUAACAACAUCGAAGAAGAAGAAGAAGAGGAGGAGGAGAAAGACAAAAUUCGAUCUUUAACAACGGCUUUGAAGCCUAAUGAAACACAUGCCCAGAAAUUGUUGCGUGCUCACAUUGCCAUUUUGGUGUCUGCAUUAGGAGGUGUCGACCAUACAUCAGAAAUAAAACCUCUUCCGUAUAAACUAGGUCAUGAUGCCCUAGCUUGCCUUAAAGAUAUAAAGAGAUGGAUUAGAGCUGUUGAUGAGAAGCAGAAUAACUACGAAGUAGCUCUUGCUUGUGCCGAAUGCGGAUUGAUCCAAAAUGAUAUUAUAGUUAUCCUUUGUCAGUGGGAGCAAAGAAUGGCCAAAAAGGAGCCAAUCAAAAACAAAACAUCGAUGGAAAAGAUUAUGCUUUCAUGUCUCGAAAUUCUUGUGCUCUUGACUUGGCCAGUGGAUUUUGACAAGAACUUGUCGGAAAAUCAGAAACUAUUGUAUGCGAAUAUUAGAAAGAUCCAUGUACUGUACAAGAAGCAUAUUUUGACAUAUAAUAACGGACAAUUGAUGAAGGCAGUGAUCAGACUUGUUAUUCCAGUGCUAGAGAAGUCCAAGAUUGACAGAGAACCUCGCGAAAAUCAAAUUUUACGACUUGUGUUAUACCUCAUAAGGAACUUGUUAGCCAUCGAGCCAGCGACGUCAUCGGUUUCAUCAAAAGCCAGAAACACAAUUGUUGCGUCGGCAGACCUACCUAGUGGUGUUACCCAGGAUGACAUCUCGAUAAAUAAUGUUUUAAAAGUAUUUAAAAAGAAUAAAGUCUUGCUGCUUUUACUAACCAUGUCAGGAUCAAUCAAUGUUGAGUUUGACAAGGACUUGUUUGGAGAAGUUACACUUGAGUGCAUAUACUUGAUGUUAAAAGGAAUACACUCAAAAGAUGUUCUCAAUCGUCCAGCACCUCAACCACACGGUUCCAACAUAUCAACCGACGCAUCUGCACCAUUGGCUCCUUUGUCGAGUACCGUUGGCAUGCAAUUGCUGGACCUACUAGCAACCGAAGCCAAAAAGAAACAAGCACAGACACUGAAAAUGGCCACAAGACAUGGCAAGUUUGGUACAUUGCUUUCCAUUCGCUCUUCCGAUGCUACGUCGUACGUCGUGUCCGGUGAAGAAGCAUUAGCAAAUACUGAUGGCACAUUGGACAAACUAGAUAAAUCAAAGACAUGGAAGCACCCAAACCAUUUCAAGUAUGAUUCUGAUGAUUUUGUUAAAACAAGCUCUCCCGUAUACCUCACUGCUCAAGGUCGAGUUAUACUUUAUCAUUUUAUUGAUGAAUUUUUGUCUGGUGGAUGUUUCAACAACUUGAUUGAAGUCAUGGCAUCUAAACUAACAAGUCAAUCAGAGUAUGCAGUUGUCGACGAAUUAUCCAACGCCAGUUACUUUUUUACCAUCGCAUGGUUUUUGAACUAUCAACGGGAGCAAAUCAUUCUAAACAGCACAACAUCGUUUGAUUUUGGAUCAGUAAGGGCUGCAUUGAGUGAAAUCAACUUUAUAUUGAUUGUAACCUAUUUUAGAGACUCAUUUGCUAAAAAGUCGUGGAACUCUUUACAUGUGGCGAUGAUUUGUUUCAAAGAGUUGCUCCAAAUUUCAAACUCAAUAUUUGGUAAAAAGAGAGGCACGGAUGAAGACGAUACUCAGUAUGAAAUCGAUCGGGAAUUGGCCGAAGGCAUCAUUAGGAAGUUGUUUUCAUUCUAUGAUUUCUUAAACAUUUUGGUACUAAUACCACAAUCUGCAUUUAAGCACUCGCCAAGAUUCCUUAAAGAAUCAAUCCAUGUAAUCACAAUCAUUUUAAAAUCUUUUGAGUCUUUUGCCAAAGAAGAUUUACAGCUUUAUGUACAAACCAAACGAAAGCAAGGCAGACAAAAUAAGAAGCGAAUCAAUGAGUUGAAUCGAGAUACCGAUGCCAAACUUUCGGCAGCAAUCUAUGAAUCUGAUGAUGAAGCUGUUGCUGAAAAUAUUCGUGAAGUGACUCGUGAGAGGAAGUUGAAUUUUCAAGCUACCGAGGCGCGGUUUUUCCAUCAAUCUAUUGUGACUGCUUAUAUCGAAUACUUGUCACGCUUCCAAGACUUGAAUCAUGAUGAUAUCAAAAUAUGUUUGAGUUACUUCCAUAAGUUGUUUGUUGUGAGGAAGGACUAUAAUGGGCUAUAUCGUUUGGAUUUUAUGCAAAUGUUGCACAAGUUGAAAAACCAUUUACCUAGAAGCUCAUCAAUUAGAGUCAAGGUUGAAGAGUUUAUUUACUAUUUUAUGAAAAAGUUCAAAGUGGCCCUUGGCAGGUUUCCCAAUAUAAUUGAAGUUUUGUUUCCCAGGAUUGAGGAGAGCGCUUGCAAAUGUUAUUUGGCAACUGGUGAGUUGUAUGAGAAGGACGAUUUAUUGGAAAAGAAGUUUGAACGUCGUUUCCAGCAAGCAGAGACUGAUAAGGCUUACAGCGGAUUGGAUGUUGACGCCGAUGGUGAAGAGGAUGACAUUGCAUUUGAAUUGGACGCCAAUCCAAAUUCAUCAAGACACAAUGGAAAUGAAUUAGAUCAAUUGGAUGAAUUGGAAGCUCAAUUGAAUUCACAACACCGACCAAAAUCAAAGAACUUGGAACGUGGUAAAGCACUCAAGAGGAGAUCAAAAUUAAAAACCAAGCCUGCUAAGGAUAGUGAUAUACCAGUUACAACAAGAAGAAGAAUGCCCACUGAUCUACUUGAAGAAUCUCAACCAACUCGAUCAGCUGAGUUUGUUCAUGAUUCAGAUGACGAUUCCGAUGAUGAAAAGUAUGAAGAGUUUUUUACCCGUGAAGAGAGGUUGAGAAAGUUGUUGAAUGAAGUAGGUAGUAUUACCAAUAAUGAGAAAUUAGAAGAAUUUAAAAAGGUGUGGCUGGUUUACUCAAAAAAUGGUGCUAAAGAUGUUGCAAAUGUGGUUAGCAAUGCGGUGAAAGAAGUGUCGUUGUUUGUUGAGGAUGAAGAAGAAGAAGAUGAACUUGAUGCAACACCAAAGGCAAAUGACUCUACGAGAGUGGAUGGAGAGGAAGAGAGCCACACCCUGCUUGAGUCUGAAGAUGAGCCCAUGAGUCAAAGCGAACCUGAGUUAGAACAUCCUUCUUCAGAUACCUCUGAGGUGUAUUCAGAUACCAACAAACGUAAACGAGUGACUGAUGAAGAGGAACAACGACCAAUUACCUCAAAGAAGAAACGACUUGUCAUCAGUGACGAGGAAGAGGACUAA